AUGUUCCUCUUAUUAGUAUUGCCUCUGACGGCAGUAGUGCCUUCAGCCUCUCCAGAAGCAUUAUGUGCUGACAAUGGUGGCAAAAUCGGGGAGUCUUCUAUCAAUGACAUACUCAAGGUUAUUAAUAAUAAAAGAAAGAAGUUGGCAAAGGAAGGUAUAACUGCUGGUGAUCUUCCAGAAGCAGUAAGCAUGAACAAACUUGCAUGGGAUUGCGAACUCGAGAAGGAUGCGAUAGCUGCAUUGGGAAGCGAUUGUUUACCUAAAACAGAUCCUGCACCAGCUGAUUCUACCAAAAACACAGGAUUAUAUUUUAAGUAAGC